AAUUAACAUCACUGGCAAAAGGAAAACUUUCGUUUUCCGACACAAAAAAUUACUAUUUUAGUGAAAAUUUUUAUAGAUUUUUCAUUUUACUACAAAUAAAAACAUUUAAAUAUACAAAAUAUUAACAUAAUUACUCGGAGUGUUCAAUUUAGAAGGCGUCAAGCACGCUUAAACUGUGAAAAAAGAGGGUGCGGCUAAAUACGCCACAUUAAAUUGAGAAAAAACAAUUUUGAUUGUUGAAAAAAAAUUGUGUUCACUUAAAAAAAGAUUUUUUACGUCGUCGUCGUCUUCAUGGACUGCUGCUGCUACUGCGGUUGUUGUAGGAAGAAAGACGACGCCACAGUGUAAAAGACUCGCACAAAAAAAGGACAGCCUAGAGAUAUUUUCCAACGCAAGAUAAAAACUAUUAUGGAUCACAAGAAGUCGCCAGUAAGAAGAAAGCGACAAUCGAAAGUCAUUGAAGAAAAUUUCUGGGACUGCAGUGUUUGUACGUACAGGAACUCAGCCGAGGCAUUUAAAUGUCGCAUGUGUGACGUACGUAAAGCAAAAGUGAUAAAGAAGGCGGCAUUUGGGGGUGGUACUUCUACACGUAAACCACGCCUUAAUUCAGCGCUCGUCGCCCAACAAGCUGCCACAUUACCCGGUGCAUCUGGAGCCAUGCCAAACGGCAAUAAAUCCGCAUCCGGCUCACGCCACAGUAGCUCCGGCCACGAUAAACACAAGCAUAAAAAAUAUCCAGCCCGCUUGAAAAAUGUUGAUCGUUCAACGGCCCAAACAAGAGAAGUCACCGUCAAUUCAGUGACCGUAUUCAUUACGGAAUACAAGCCAAAACCUGUGGGCAGUAGAAGAGAAUCAAGCGAGCAAAGUUUUAGUGAAAGUAAUGAUUCUCGAAGUUAAAUUUUUGUUUCUUUAUAAGAUAAAAUUCAAUAUCAAAAAAAUAAUAUAUAUAAAUAAAAACCGAGCAGAGCAAAAGAUUACAUAGAAAACAACAGCCACAUACAGACACACAAACACACUUUACUACCACGACUCUCAAAAAUAAUAAAACAAAAAAAAAAAGCAAAGGAUUUAACAGAAAUAUGAAUGAAAAUAAAAUGUAAUAAAAAGUAAAUAAUAUAUUAUUCACUACAACUCUCUAAUGCCGUCAUUAUCAUCAUCAACAACACUCAACUUCUUCAUGUAUCAUCAUAUUAUUAUAUCAUCAAGUCUAAGGGAUUCCAAGGUAAGAGCAGAGACAAACAUACAGAUGUAUUGUCAGUCUAAGGAGAAUGUUAAUAGUUUAUCUUUUAUUUUUUUAUUAUUAUUACAAUUAUUUUAAUUUAGGCAAGUUUAUUAUAGAUUUUUAAUAAUAUUAAGUAUGUUUAAGAUAACUUCACUAAAUACAUAUUACUAUUAUUAUUUAGAUCUAAAUUGUAUAAAAUUUGUAUUUGUUAAACAGCGACAGUGUUUCAUUUUUAGAAAUAAUACUGUUCUAUUGGCAUAGGUUUUACAUGUGUCCUCAGCUAUCAAAUCUAUUCCAGAAUUUCAUUGUGAUAAGAAAGUCAAGAUUUUCAGUUUUUAAUUUGAAUUUACUAAAUCAGGCUUAACAACCAAAAAGUUUGGAUUAAAAUUUGUAUUUAAAAAUACAUGCUGUCGCAAAUUUUUAGAACACUAUUGUCAAAAACACUAAAUUACUCAUUUCCGCAAAUCAGAAAAUUCUAAAAAGCAACAUUCAAACGUGUUUACUAAUAUUCGGAUAUAAAUCUUGUAAAAAAAUAUAUUUUUAUAGCAACAAUAAUUUUCAUUUUAUUUAACAGCGUUUAUUGACAAGUUACAAAUUGAAAAAUCUAAUUUUUCUGAUUUUUUGGUGUUUGUCAGACUACCACGUCAGUAAAAGAGGGUUAAUUUCGAAAUUUGGUGAACAUUUAAUAUAUUCCUUAGGAAAGUACUACCAACAACUUUCUGAAAAGACGCACUGUUCAUUAUAUUAAACUUUUCGAAGUUUUACAACCAUUAAUUAAGGUGAAGAUGAAAUUUUUUCUGUAGAAUCCUUAUUUAGGUGUCCUUGUUAAUUAUCUCAGAAUAAUUUUCUGAGUUGAUUGAGUUUUGUCCGUCAGUUCGUGAAAACAGAUUGGCACAAGUCACACACUUGGCCGGCCAAUACCGAACCCUUUUGAUUUUGGUUAAAAUCAGUUCAUAACUUCACCUUGCCCCCAUACAACCGGACCCCUUCGUGUAGGUACUUUGUAGGCCCCAUUCAAAGGCCCCUUUACAAUAUUACUUAAAUGUUUAUAAAUCAAUUAUACACAUACUAGUAGGAUGGUAAAGUUUGGCACAAAAUUAUUUUAAAAACUUAAUAUUGUUCAAUUAUUUCACAUACUUGGCCGCCCAAUAACGAACCCUAUUGAUGUUGAUUGAAAUAAGUUCAUAAGUUUACCUAGGCCCCAUACAACCGGACACCUCUUAUAGGUGCUUUGUAGUCCCCAUACAAAAGGUCUUUAAUGAUAUUACUUAAACGUUUACACACAUAUUAGUAGGAAGGUCAAGUUUGGCUUAAAAUUAUUUGAAAUUUUACGAAAACCUUAAUAUUGUUCAAAUAUUUAACUGUAAAAGAUAUCUAUAGUGAAUGUUAUUGAGAUCAUCUCGAAAAGAAAUAAAUUAUUGUAGAAA